CAAUUUUUAAUUUCUUUUCUGAAUGAGGGCACUAUUUAAACUUUAAAAGGUGCAAUUUCUUCAAAUUUUCAGGGAAACAAUCUGUGGAAGGAAAACUCGAUGAAGCGCAAGGAUUUUGAAUAUGAUUUCCUUUCCUUCUCCAGAAAAUCCAGAAGAUUGGAUGGAGAGCUGUUCUCAGUUAUGGAGGAUGAUCUAGGAACUAAGGUUCCUCAGGUUCUUGAAGAGCAGCAACUUCCGACUACUAGCAUCGUCCGGUGUAAUUUUCCGUCAUCGGAGGAGCGAGCUCUCGUGCUGUGUAAUCCGUCCAGCACUCCGUUUCUCAAAUUUCCUAGGUCGCAGGAGUUCCCUAUCUUCGUCCAUUCCGAUUUGAUUCCAGGACUAAAAGAUUGUUUAAUUUGGCCAGGGGAAGUAAGAAAGAUGGGAUUUGAACCAGCUAUGGAUGAGAGUUCAGGAGGAUCAAAUGACCAUCUGGCUGUUAUUCCUUGGGCAUCAACAUCACUUCCUUCUGACCCAAUAGACCUGGAAAAAACGGAUAUUGAAAUGAUGGAAUUAGAAGAAAGUAUAAUUGCUACCAACAACAACAACAACAACAACGCUUUGCAAUAUGGUGAAAUGAUGGAAUUAAGGGAAGGAUUACAGCCCUGGCAACAGCCUCAGAACUUAUCUGCCCCAAUUACUUGGUAACAAAUAGGUGGAGCUGCUCUAACUCAAGCUGUGGAUGCACAUAUGGUGGUAGGAUUCUGGGAGCCAUGACCCAGGAUUUCUGCUCUUUCAUAUGCACACAAAACAGUCUGAAAUAAUCAACCUGACAAUCUUUGCUAGGGAUGUUCUUACAGCGAAAUGUUCUGAAAUUGAAAAUCUAAGAAUGUACUUAGACUUCUAGACCAGCUUCAAAGAAGAAAUCUCAGCAAGUCUGAAGAGUAAAAGUUACAUAUAAUAAUAUACAUACCCUUCA